AUGACGCGCAUGUCAAUCCAGAACUUGAACACAUUCGAUCCCUUUGCGGAUGCUGUCAAAGGCUCCGAUGAAGGUGUCCAGGACGGUCUAGUUCACGUCAGAAUCCAGCAACGCAACGGUCGCAAAACUCUCACCACUGUCCAGGGAUUGUCUUCUGAGUAUGAUCUGAGGAAGAUUGUGAAGGCUUGCAAGAAAGAAUUUGCUUGCAACGGGACUGUGGUGGAGCAUCCAGAAUACGGAGAAGUGCUCCAGAUGCAAGGUGAUCAACGUGAGAAUAUCUGCCAGUUCCUGACGAAGAUGGGACUUGUCAAGCAGGAGCAGCUCAAAGUCCACGGCUUCUAGACAAAAUAAUCCCCAUCCAUCACCUUGACUCACAUCUCUUUUGUUUUGCUUCUUUUUCACAUUACUUUUACAUCCUUCUGUUCCUUUUUAACACUCUCUUUAUCAUACCCUCAGAAAAGAUGAGGCCUAGGUAGAAUGUACAUCAACCUGACGGACGUUUUUCGGGAAUUUCUCUCGUGAAGUGUUCUAUAGGCCUCUUUUUGUCUAUUAAAUUGUGCCUCACCACCUGCAAAUUCUCGGUCAUGGUCCUGAAUAAAAUGUUCACUUAAA